GAGAUCGACCUAAUUUCACUUGCAAUCGGGACUAAGUCAUGGAUAAACUGUCGCUUUUUGGUGUAAUCGCAGUUACGAGGCCUUAUAUAAUUCUCUUGUGCUCCUAAUUGUAAAAAUGUUACGUUACAGGAUACAGUAACAUAUUUAUAUUGGGUGUUUUACAGAAGCCAGUGAAAUGAGUGUGUCCUCCUUGUCAGACGGCCAGGAGUGGGGGCCUAUUAGUUUAGCAGACCAAGUCCGCCAUGAGCACCUGUUCUACAGCCAAGAACCCGUAGAGGGAUAUCUAGCAGCUGAGAAGACCCGUGAUCUUUUCCUCCAGUCAAAGCUGCCACUGCUGAAGUUAAGUCAAAUCUGGAUUUUAGCAGACAUGGGCAAGGACAACAUGUUAGAUGUUGCUGAGUUCACCAUAGCAAUGCAUCUGAUCCAAGGACUUCUUCAAGGCAAGAGUCUGCCCAAAGUGCUCCCAGAUUUCCUCCAGUUGCCCUCUGUUCAACAAGUUCUGGUUCCAGUCAUAGAAGACAGAGAGAGGGCAGCCUAUCAGGCUGUGUUCAGUGUGGAAGACACAGCAAAUAGAGGUUUUGUUGAUGGUAAGUGUGCUUAUCCAGUCUUUCUGGAGAGCAGACUUCCCCUGGGUGAACUAGCUCUGAUAUGGGACCUGGCUGACCACGAUGCCAGUGGGACACUUGACAAAGAAGAAUUUGCCGUCGCCUGUCAUCUGCUUAAAUAUGCCAAAGAAGGUAACAAGAUUGAAGGACCUGUGGAUUUUCUCUCUCUGGCACCUGCAAAAGCUCUACCUGGAACUCUGCUGUCGAAAAACAGGAGAUUGGCUGUGAUGGAAAAACAGAAAACAAGUCUGAUGGCACUGAAGGAAAGAAGGAAGGCACAAGCUGAACGAGAGAACAAGAGAGUGGAGCUAAAGAAAGAGAAAGUCCGACUUGCCAUACAAAAGCACAAAUUAUUCAAAGCCUCAAGUAGCUCAGAGGGUACAGGGGGAUUUCAGGAAAAACUCCAGGUUGAACAGGACAAGGUGAAAAAAUUGGAGGCAGUUGCAGCCAGAUUAAAGAAGGAACAUGAGAAGGUUCGACAGCAAACAGUGAAGAUAAUCUUAGAUGAGCAGAAACUGUCAGCAGAAGUAAACAAGCAGGAAGCAGAGGCCAAGCGAGUCAGACAGAUGCUAUCUUUGUCCAAGGAGCACAAAGUUGUUCAUGACCUUGACCCCUUCCACCAAUUGUAUGAGCAAAGGAAAGAAGCAAAAGAAAAUGGAACGGAACUCCCUGUCAGUGAAAGGAAAGUGGAGAUCCCCUUUGUUUUUGAUCCUUUCGACAAAGUCAGUUUUGAAAAGCCCAGAAUAAAAGGAGAAGAUAUUUUCAACCUGCGCAAACAAGCAGAAGCAGAGGAAACAUGGGGCGGCGCAAGCAAAGCACAAGUGUGCAAUGAUUAUGGUUUUGAUGACAAUUUUGUGAAUACGUGGGCUCCUAGAGAGGCUCUAACUACACCAGAUGAUGUGUUUGGGGAAGAGGACACUGUGUUUAAAACAGUGCCAGUGUCUCUGGAUGAGGAUGAACUGUGGUGUUCCAUUCCUGACCUGACUGGGGAGGAAGUGCAAUCACUCAACCAGCAGUGGGACAGUGUCAAAACACAGGAGGAGGCUCUCCAGCAGGGAGGAGACCAGCUAGUCUUUAAAAACCCAGCAGACUACACCACCCAGCCUGAGGAACAGGUAGAAACAAGAACCAGACCGAGCUACAACAGGAGGAGCUACGCAGGAGUAACUCCACAACGAAUUCCAGGCGAGUUUGCUGACCCACUGGAUAGAUUUGCGAAAUAUAGGCGAAGAUCUGCAAACAUUGAAACAUUGAGAAAAGAAGCAAAUGACAUAACUGAAACACCAGUAAGAGACCAAGACUUUAAAUAUAGCAGAAGGAAAUUCCGAUCUGAAGAAGAUUUGCUAUCAGAUACUAAGGACACUACCCCGACUGCCAGUAGUUCAACUUUACAUGUGCAGCAUUUAGAUUUGAAUGAAGGCGCUUCAAGAAAAUUGAAAUCUGAAGAAAAACUAAAUACCUCAGAGCGUGGAACAAGCAUACUCAUUAAUACAGAAAAGGAAAGUGAGUCAGAGGACAGUGAAGUCAUACUGAAACCUAAAGAAGCAGAAUACUCAAAACCAGUUUUAAAAGAACAAAUUACAAUAGCAAAUACAUGUCAGGAUUCUGUAGAGAGAAAAGAAACUGAUAGCACUAAUGAAAAAUCUACUCCAGAAAUAAAGGAAUUUGUCUUGUCACAACCAGGGCAAAUACCUGAAAAGAUUAGUACUGCACAAAGUCAAGGAGAGGGUAAUAAACCAAAACAGCAACCAAUUCCAGCUCCAAGAACCAGUUUGAUCUUACAGUCAAAUCAAAGUGACAUACAGCAGGACCAAAAGCAAAGUAUUACCAAGGAGACUGAAUCAGAAGUUGCACCAAUCAAAAUCCCUGUUGAAGAAGCACCCAAACCAAAGCCAGUUUCUACAGAACAGCAGUGGAAGAACAACAACGAGCCAGCAUCACCACCAAGCCAGGGGUCUGGCAAAGAAGCCAGCAAGUCAAACGGCAUUAGUUCUUCGGACUCAAGUAAACACCAGUCUCAUUUGGCAUCUACUCAACCUAGGAAAGCUCCUGUAAAACCUGAUCGACCAAAGCGAAAGGCAAAACUACAAAAGCUGCAACAGGAUAGUUUAGGCACAACUACUUUAGGUUCAACCUCUAGCUCCCCAGGCUCAACCUCCCCAUCUCUCUCGCCUUCUCCAUCUCCACUGUUCUUAAAUAGUUCUACUUCUGAUCCAAUGAAAACAUCACAUGAAGAGAAAGAACCCAAGGGUCAAUCAACCGAGGCAUCAGUGACAAGUAAACCAACAACUUACCUUCAUAUAGUAUCUCCACCAAAAUUCACCAGCCCUGGAAGUGCCAGCCAGACAAUAUCUUGGAAAUCUGUUGGCUAUCUGCCCCAAACAAGUCCUACUAGAGACUUCCCUCCACCUCUUGCCCCUAAUUCCACAGACACAAAUGCCAAGUCAUGCCAAGAAGAUGAGAUUAUUCCACAAGUUGCAAAAUCAAGGAUAGAACAUCCAGUCGAAAUUGAAAAAGAAGUGACCAACAUUGAACUUAAUCCUGUAACAUCUGAAGAAGAGAAAGACAUGGAGAAUACAAAAGCUUGCAGAGACGAAUUGGCCAAUCUCCGUGCCCAGUUCUUUGCUGAUAUGGACUCAGUUGCUGACCAGAGCUUUGAUUUUGUCCCAACACUGGUCACUGCUACAGGAGGGGGAAGAGUUAGGUCCAGCGGGUCCGUGAGUGAGGAGGAAAUUCAGCCAGUAUCCAUAAAGCGGAAAGUUUCACCAACAGGACAGAAAGAUGAAGAGGAAGAUAAACUUGGAGUGGAAGAGCACAGAAUCUUACCUGUAAUGCAAGAACAUGAUGCAUCUCUCCCAAAUCUCCAUGAUAUGGAAGAAGGUGUUGAAGAGGAUCAGAUACAAUCAGAAGUAGCUCAGAGGAGAGACAUAUCCCAUAUGGAACAGGUUGGUGACAUAGUGCUACUCCCAGUGGAACAUGUUGUCUUAAAUGAAGCAGCACCUAGCCAUGGACAGAAUGGGCUGACUGAACCCCAGGAGCUUCAAGGGUACAGCUUGGAUGGGAGCAUUGAUGAUGUAAAAGAGGACUUCCCUGUUGCCAGAAGUCAUAGCCCUGUUUCCAUAGAAGAGGAACCCAUAUCUCCCAUAGCUCUGGUAAAGAAAGAUCCCACCAUAUUUAUAGACAAUACAUUGAAUUUCAUUGUGAAUGACAGUGGGAAUGAUCACAGUGAUAGGUCAGUGGCUGUUGUGGAAGAAAACAAACAAGCAGGUAUUGAAAUGCUUGCAGAACUUGUUGCAGAUGAUGCCUAUGCCAGGGCUGUUAUUCAGAAUGGUGGAAUUCACAGCUCUAAUGGAAAAGAUGAUAUAACUGAAGAUGAUGGAGUAAAGGAAGACCACAUUAUUAAAGAGGUCAAAAGUGAAGUGAAGCCAGAUAUCAAUUUCCCUGUUGAAACAGGCAUACCAGUAUCUGAUGGCAGUGAGAUUGAACAAGAUGAAACUGAAGAUGGGACAGCAGUGCACAUCUCCAGGGAAUAUUUCCCAGAAAAUCAGUGCAAGUCUGUCCCAGAUCUAACAGAAUUAGAUGAGCCAGAAGAAAUCGGUGAGAAAACUCUCACAGAAUCUCAAGACUUUCAGCAGUCUCAGCAGAAGUCAAGUGAAUAUUUCCCAGAAAACCAGUGCAAGUCUGUCCCAGAUCUAACAGCACUCGAUCAGACAAAUGUUGUGCUCACUUCCACUGGGGAUGUAAUAUCUGGACGAGAUGAAGUGGAACCUGCCAUGGCUGAUGAAUAUUUCCCAGAAAACCAGGGCAAGUCUGGCCCAGAUCUAACAGAAAUAGUUCAGACAAAUGUUGUGCUCACUUCCAUUGGGGAGGUGAUAUCUGGACAUGAUGAAGUUGAACCUGCCAUCGCCGAUGAAUAUUUCCCAGAAAACCAGUGCAAGUCUGUGCCGGACCUAACAGAACUCGAUAGUCCACCAGUAAAAAAAAUAACUGAUACACCUGAGUACUUUCCUGAGAAUCAGUGUAAAUCUAUUCCAGAUUUCCAGGCAAUGGACAGUUCGCAGCAGCAGACAAGUGAGGAUAAUCACGGAACUGAUGUCCCCACGGCAACAGGUCGAGAGGAAUAUUUCCCAGAAAACCAGUGCAAGUCCAUUCCAGAUUUGGUUGGUUUAGGUGAGAUGACACAAGGAAAUAAUAAACCAGGUAUUAAUAUACAAGAUCGUGGCCAGAAGCCAGAUGAAGUUGUCUCCCCACUGUCUCCAGUACAGCCAGCCAAGUUCACACUAGGUGGAGAUGACGACAGCCCUAUAAUCAUUCCACCUGAUGUCAUCAGUUUUGGCACCACACAAAGUAAAACUACGUCCACUCCUCCCAAGCCACCCCGUAAUACGAAAGCUAUAGAUAAGGCCAUGGAGAUUGCCAGGGAGGUGGAACCUUCCCAUGUUUUCCAUAAAGAGGAGGUGGAAGUCACCUCUGGGGAAAAUGAACUGGAGAAGGAAAGAAAGCAACUUAUCUCACAAAUGAAAGUGAGGAGAAAGAAAGUUGCCACAUGGAAAGGGGUUCCAGAGAGUCCCCCAAUGCCAGCCACCAGUGGGAAACCACUGAACAGCAUGAAGAGGUAUGAAGAACGCAAGAAGCAGAUUCAGAAGCAGCAGCCAGAUGUAAUCCCCAAGACCAAGGCUCAAGGUAAAUACAAGCUGUAUCAUCCACAUGUCUUUUUUAGAUAUUUCUUAAUCUCUCAAACUUUUACAAACUAAGAAGCAUAUAAUAUAAUAUAAAAGAUUUAACACCUUUCAAGGUAGCCUCUAUAUUCUACCUUAAUGUUGUAAUACAAGUUGCAUGGAGUAUGCUAAAUAUUUGACUACAGCAACAGAUUGAUGUACAGAGACAAUAUGACACAAUGCCUGUGGGUACCGCCAUCUUACUAUGUACAGAAAUCUCUUAAACUAGGGCCUGUAUACAAAGACAAACAUCAAAGUUUGCAAGUUUACUGACAUGUUUCACCUUGUUUUGCUUGGUAGGAAUUAGCAUAGAAACUUACAUUCAGGUUGUUUAGAAUUGCACAGGUGUGUCACUGUGAGAUAUAGAGUUAGAUGUUGUAUAUUAUAAUGGGUUCCAUACAAUCUCCACAUUUGAAAAACUUGUCUGUAAAAUCCUGUGCUCCUCAACUCCUACUAGCUCUUGUUUGCCAUGGAUAUCUCAACAUAAUUGGUGGAUUUUCAGUGUUAUUGUAAUAUUAUUGGCUCAGAGGCAGUUUUGCUAUUAUAUUUCCACAUGUAUUAUGUACAGCUGAAGUGUUAUGAAUGUAGGUUGCAUUUAUGUUUACUCAUUUGUCCUUUAUUGUAAUGUUACCAGCACUACUUUGAUAUUCUGUAUGGAUAAUUGAACAAUACUAUUAUAUUAGAAUAAUAAACUUAACCUGUUAUAAACUUGUUUCUCUUAAUAAGGAGAUAAGUGGAUAUAUUUUUUUGCUUUCUAGCUUUUACGUAACCGCACCUAAUCAUGAAGGCAUAUCUCCACCUUUGGUUGAUGACGUAUCUCUAUUAGACAUAUUUU